GUUGUUCGUUUGCUCCUGUCUGUGGGCUGAGGAGCGGUGCUUUAGGCCUAGAAAGAGUCAUCCGCUCUCUGUGGUGGCUUGGGCGCCAUGAGCUCCAUCGGGACUGGGUAUGAUUUGUCAGCCUCAACUUUCUCUCCUGAUGGAAGAGUUUUUCAAGUUGAAUAUGCUAUGAAAGCUGUGGAAAAUAGUAGUACAGCUAUUGGAAUCAGAUGUAAAGAUGGUGUCGUCUUUGGUGUAGAAAAGUUAGUCCUUUCUAAACUUUAUGAAGAAGGUUCUAACAAACGGCUCUUUAAUGUUGAUCGACACGUUGGAAUGGCAGUAGCAGGCCUGCUAGCAGAUGCCCGUUCUUUAGCAGACAUAGCUAGAGAAGAAGCCUCCAACUUCAGAUCUAACUAUGGCUAUAAUAUUCCACUAAAGCACCUUGCAGACAGAGUAGCCAUGUAUGUACAUGCAUACACACUCUACAGUGCUGUCAGACCUUUUGGUUGCAGUUUCAUGUUAGGGUCUUAUGGUGUGAAUGAUGGAGCACAACUCUAUAUGAUUGACCCAUCAGGUGUUUCAUAUGGCUAUUGGGGAUGUGCCAUUGGGAAAGCCAGGCAAGCUGCAAAAACAGAGAUAGAGAAACUCCAGAUGAAAGAAAUGACCUGUCGUGAUGUUGUUAAAGAAGUUGCAAAAAUAAUCUACAUAGUACAUGAUGAAGUUAAGGACAAAGCUUUUGAACUGGAGCUUAGCUGGGUUGGAGAAGUAACCAAAGGAAGGCAUGAAAUUGUUCCGAAAGAUAUAAGAGAAGAAGCGGAAAAAUAUGCCAAGGAGUCUUUGAAAGAAGAUGAUGAAUCAGAUGAUGAUAAUAUGUAACAAUGAGUGCUACAAUACUUUUUUUAAAAAAAUGUUUUACAUGUGAACUAUGUAGAAGUAGUGUCCUGUGGAUUAUUAGCCCAGUGACAAAUUACCAAUUUAUUAAAAAUUUAUCUUGUAUCCACAA